CGGGAACACGGGGGGCCACGGUCAGAGGGAGGAGGACCGGAAGCUGUUUGAAAGCCGUGAGCGGGAGUUUGUCAGCAGGGGGAGAAACCGGCACCCGGAGCGAAGACAUGGACCCCCUGCAGGAGCUCCUGGACCGGGUCAAGCCCAGCACCGAGGCGGAGUCCCUGUGGUUAAAGAACAUCUUCACCUUCAUCUCUGAACACCUGAGUCCUGUGGUGUGUAGCUCCGCCCCCUCGCAGACAGGUAACCACGGUGACCUCAGCCUCUUCGAUCUGAGCAUGUGUGCGGUGCAGGCGAUCCAGCAGCAGAUGUGUGUGGCCCACAGCUUACCUGUCAGCUACAGGCUGCUGUCCGUCUCCGAGCUCGUCUCCCAGCAGCACCUGGCCUGCGUCAGCAACCUGUCCUGGAGCACCAAUCAGCAGAGAGCCUGGGCCAGGGAGGCGGAGCUCGCCGUGCCGGGUCAGAGGGCGCUGCCGAGGGUCAACCUGCUGCUGAUUGGCUGUCUGAGAGAAGGCCGUGACGGAGAGUACAGGCUGACGGACGCCAGCGGCAGCGUCAUGUGUGAGUGCCUGUCUCUCUCGCCCCUGUGGCUCGAUCGUCCCAUUUUCCUCCCUCACUGGAACUACAUUCCCCACAAUGCAUCGGGCCAGGAAGAGGCCGCAGGCUUCUUGGAGCUGAUUGGCUCCCCUGUCCUGUUGUGUCCUGGUGCUGAGCAGGGAUUGGCUGCUGCUCCUGGAAGGGUGGAGCUAAGUGGAGUGGUGGGAGUCGGAGAGGCCGGCAGGCUGCUGAGGCACAGGGUCAAAGGUCAGCGGCUGAGCGUGUUCGGAGAGGUGGGCUCAGUCUGCCCUCUGCUGGCCGUGGCAGGAACGACCUUCUUUUGCUUCACGCUGACGGAUGAGUCGCGCUCGCUGCCCGUGCUCGUACAGGACAGCAGCCGACUCAGCUGGAUUCAGCGUGUGUGUGUCGGGCAGAGCGUGUGUGUGACAGCUCUACGUGUGUGUGCGCUACGAGGCUGGAGAGGAAACAACAUCCUGUGUUUGUCGAAGGGCUCCGAGCUGCACGCCGACUACACGCACACACAGGAACACACACACUCUGAGUCCCUGCUGCUGAUGUCACAGCCUGCUGAGGACGACUGUGAGGAGGCAGAGCAUGAGGAGGUGGAGCUGGACCAAUCAGCUGAGAGGAUAAAGCAAUCCAAAGUCAUCAGCUACCAGGGCAUGGUGACUGAAGUUGUGAGUGAGGGGGCGGGGCUCUACGUGCUGGAUGGGAAGGUGGGUCUGUGCGUGGCCUAUCAGCCGGCGGCAAAGAGGAAGCUGAGGGCGGGAGACAGAGUGGAGUUGCAUCACGCCCACUUUCUGUACCGGCCCUGCCCAGACUUCCCUCCCAGCAUGCUUUGCACCUGCCUGCGCUCCAGCCUGAGGGUGACGGCCUUCAGCAGGGCGGGAGGGUCGCCACCCGACAACCGCUGCCCGGGAGAUGGGGCGUUACCAAGGUUACUGCUGCAGAGAAACAUAGAUGUGUCCGAUUACCUGUGGACGUGUCACCUAAGCUCGCAGCUGGCACACAGUCUGGUCCAAGGUGUGUGGAGGCAGCAGUGUGUGUGCUUGCUGUCCUGGAGGCUGAUGGAGACUCAGAGCAGAGCUGGAGGACGAGGACGCAGAGACAUCUACUCUGAGAUGCUGGACGAGCCUCACACCUGUCCUGUGACUCAGUACAGCGUGUCCUCAGCGGUCCGUCGGUACCUCGGUGUGUCGGAGCUCCUGGAGUCCCUGCAGACUGACUGCUGGUCUUCAGCCCCUCUGAGCUCUCUGCUGCCCCCUGAUGGCUCCAACCUGACCUCCUCCCAGAUCAACGGGUUCCUGUCCUGGUCUUGCAGGACUCUGUCCUCCGAGCCUCGGGGUGGAGACGCUGUCAGGCAGCGCCCCCUGCUGCUGGUCGGCGUGCUGGAGCUGCCGUCACAGACGUCUGAGUUCAAACACUCGAUGCAGCUCAGAGACGCCACGGGAGCUGCAGCCUGCGUGCUGACGGAGAGCAGCGAGGAGGAGGAGGGAGCGCAGAGGGCGGUCUUUAACAGCGCCUGGAUUGGUUGUCUGGUGGGUGUGGUGCAGUUCACCAUGGUGACAGAGAGAUUCCUCCAAUCAGAUUUCCCCUCCUACCAUCACCUGGACCAGGACAGGUUCAUCACACACAAACACUGCAGGGUUUACCUUCAGCUCUCUCUGGACCACCUGCACAUCCUGAGUCCAUCUGUUGCUAUGGAGACACACCUGAGACACAAGGGGGAGGAGCCAGGAGGGGACCUCACUGCCAGGAAGCAGACAGUAGAAGAAGAAGGAGAAGAGACUGCUGGGAGUAAGAGGAAGAGAAGAGAAGAAGAAGAAGCAGACUCCGGCAACCCCUGGCCCUAUGUCUCCAUGGUGAUCAGGGUGGAGCAGAUGGAGGGUGUGUCCUGGAGGAAUACAGGGGCGGAGGCAGAGGAUCAGGAGGCAGGGCUGAGACUGUGCUUCUCAGCGAAAGCUGCUGUGAUUGGUCCAGUGGUCAGCUGGAGGCGGGACCCAAAGAAUGAACCAAUGGCAGAGAAAGAAAGUGAACAAAACCAGGAGAGAAAGGUGAGAGACGCACCUGUGUGGGUUUACCUGAGCUCACCUGGAUACACAGUUACGUGUGUGUGUGUGCAGGUGGUGCUGGUGUUCUCAGGUGUGUGUACGUGGUGGUUUCCUGUCCUCCAGCCUGGAUGUUUCUACAGACUCAUCGCCGCUAACACUCAGGAUCCCAGUGUUUUGAUUGGCUGUGGAGUUUCUGGGUGCAGUGGGGUGGAUCUCCACGCUGAGUCAACCCUACAAGUCAGACGUGGUUGGAGAUUCCACACUCUGACACGCCCACUGCUGCUGCCCACCUGCAUACAGGCCGUCCCACCCACAGUCUUGUCUGUCUCAGAGGUCUUAGACUGCAGUUCAGAGCUGGUGUGUUUUCAGGGUGUGGUGUCUGAAAGGAUCAGUGUGAACAACAGGACUGCCCACUCUGGACACACACACUCAGGUGUGCGUCUCACUCUUUGUGACCAAGCUGGGAGGAGUCUGCAGGUGUACCUGGACUUAAGCCACACCCCCUACCCACCUGGCCUGUUGCCGGGUAACACUCUGCUGUUGUCUGGUUUCCAGAGGAGGCUGUCCAGGACAGGAAGUGUGUACUGCACGUACUUACCUGUCAGCUCGAUAACUGUGGUCUCCCUGGGAGACACCAGCUCGGCCCAGCCUCCUCCUCCUGCUCCCAUCAUGCACCUGGGUGAGUGGGCUCUGAGCAGCAAGCAGAGGUGCACUGUGGGACAGGUCAAAGGUCACGUGGUGUGUUUCCUGUUCCUGCAACUGCAGUGGAGCUGCUCGCUGUGUGGCAGCGUGUACACACAGGGCUGCAGCAGCUCUCAGUGUCACUCGACCUCGUCAGUGUUUCAGUCCACAGCAAAGCUGGUGAUUGAUGACGGGACAGGUGAGGCUCACGUCUGGUUCUCAGCUGUUCUGGUUCGUGCUCUGCUGGGAUUGGCUGACGCUCAGUGGGAGGGGCUUCAGAGAGCACUCAGGGUCAGAGGUCACAUCAGAGUCUUCCCUCGUGGGCAGAGCCAGGUGUGUGACGGGGACGCUGACGACUUCCUCCUCCACUUCCUGUUGUGUCUGUGCAGCAGUGAUGUCAUGAUUCGGCCGCUCAGCCUCACCUGCAGGAAACGCACCAACCAGAGACCAGAAGAGGUGAGGAGGUUCACUCGAGGAGACAGAGAGUUCCUGACCAGACUGGCUCCUCCCCUUCAGCUCACCUGUCUGCACCUCCACCCUGACUGAGCUCCACCUGCUUCGUUCUGAUUUUAUGUUCUACAUGUUCAUACAAAUAAAACUUUAUUGUUCCUCCUCCUGUCACACGGUAUCUCACCUUCACUGACCCUGAUGAUCAGGGUCAGAGGUCACACGAAGCUCUCUGGGUUUAACCUCACACGAAAGGGGCGGAGCUGUCAUCAUCACAAAGGGGCCUAUAACAGGUCAUGUGACCCUUCUACAGGAAGUGAUCCCUGUGAGUGGCGCCCACAUCAGAGACGUACCCGAACAGGU